AUGGUCAGUGUAAUUGCCACUAUGACAACGCCAAAAUCUUCGCCAUGUUUCUGUGGGUCGUCUAUGAUUAUGUUGUUCUUCACAUACCUGACAACGAUCAGGAUGCCCAUGGGAGCAGUGCCUGCAUAUCAAAUUAUCAUCGCCUGGGUCGCCAAUUCCUUCCCCGGGCCGUUGAUCAAACAGUCUGCUGCCAUAGCUAUUGCAAAUAUGAUCGGAAAUACCGCUUCAAUCUACGGUAAUUAUAUGUGGCCCUUCUCUUCGGGGCCUCGAUACGUUUCGGGAGGAAGUGCGACCGCUGCGAUAGCAUUCCUAGUGGCGUUCGUGGCUCUAGUUAUUCGACUCGUACAUGUUCAUAUGAACAAAAGGCUGGAUGAGACUGAGCUCUCGAUGGUUAUUCACCCAUUUAAUUCAACCGAUCUAGAGACGCGGGCGGUUGGGUUCCGGUAUAUUCUAUCAUCUCUCUCAUACAGAUGA